AUGGAAGAAUUGAACAAAUGGUUGUUAGAAAGGGAGCGUGAAAAUAUGGAAGAGCUCGAGCGGAUUCAAGCUACAAACUCUCAAGCGGCUGCAAUGGUGGCGCAAUAUCAAUUAUCGGAGACACCUAGAGGGCGUGGUUCAAGACCUGGCCGUGCCCCAAAUGUCGAAAGACAUAGAGAAGUCCGAGGUCAUUUUCUCCUGCAGGAUUAUUUUGUCGAACGUCCAGUGUACGACGAAGCAGGCUUUCGAAGGAGGUACAGAAUGCAAACACAUGUCUUCCAACGCAUAAUGGAGGAUCUUUGCAACCUCGAUAGUUUUUGGGGGCAAAAAUCAGAUGCCACUGGAAAAAUGGGAUUGCUUCCCGAACAAAAAAUGACAGGUGCCCUGAGAAUGCUUGCGUACGGUGCAGCUGCUGAUCAAUGUGAUGAAAUCACUAGAAUGGGAGCUUCUACGGCGCUGAAAUGUCUGAAGAAGUUCUGUAGACAAGUCGAGUUUCUUUACGCUGGGUGGUUCCUUCGUCCUCCAAAUCCUGCUGACUUACAUAGGCUUCUCAAUAGAGGACAACGCCGUGGGUUUCCAGGCAUGAUCGGAAGCAUCGAUUGCAUGCAUUGGGAGUGGAAGAAUUGCCCAACUGGCUGGGCUGGAGCUUUCUCAGGUCGAAAGGGUAGACCAACUAUUAUUCUUGAAGCAGUGGCGUCUUACGAUACGCAUAUAUGGCAUGCUUUCUUUGGAACUCCUGGAGCUCAAAAUGACCUCAACGUUCUUGGUGCAUCUAAUGUGUUCGAGCGUGUCAUAGGUGGAACUGCUCCUCUGGUUGAGUUUGAGGUCAAUAACAAAAGAUUGUUUAAACUGGAGGAUCUUCGAGCCAUCAUGAUAAGUUGUAUCAUUCUUCAUAACAUGAUUGUGGAGGAUGAGUUUGUUGAGGAAGAAUUUGCGGAGCCUGAAGAAGCUGAUCUAAUGAAUCCAGCAAUGGCAACCGUCUAUGAUCGGCCUGUGCAUCCUGAUACUGGAGAGGCUAUUCCUUUCGAACCAGUGGGGAGAGAUGGACAAAAUCUUCCUUCAUUCAUGGAUCGUGAAUUUCAGGUAGAGUCAGCCUACCUCCACAAAUGCCUACAAGAUGAUUUGGUGAUGCACAACUGGAACAUGGAUGGUAACUGA